AUGCCGCCAGCUCCAGAGUUUGACACUUCUUUCGAUGACACACUUCAACUGUCGACUGUAAGGAGUGCCAAAACUGGGUCAUGGAUUAAUCAACAAGAGAUUCGAGAAGUCCAGCGAUAUGAUGAUUUCCGAUCAAUCGAUUGGGUCGAAGAUGAAUUGGAUGAACAAAAACAGCGACUACUAAAGUUGAAGCAUAUAACAAACAGAGGCAACAAUCUUAAAGACAAAAUUCUAUCACAGGUGUCUAACUGGCUCGUUUUGGCAUGCAUGGGUAUAGUGAUUGGGUUGAUUGCGGGGUCAUUGAAUAUUAUAACAUCGUUUCUCUCUAGUGCAAGGCUUGGGUACUGCAAGCGUGGACUUUACCUAAGUGAAUCAUUUUGCUGUUGGGGAGAGAAUGAUGGCCAUUGCGAAAACUGGACAGAGUGGACCCCACUAACCGGACUCAAUUAUGUUGUUUACGUAAUUAUAUCCCUCCUCAUGUCCUAUACAGCUGCCAUAAUGGUGAAAUAUUAUGCCCCGUUUGCUGCUGGGUCUGGCAUCUCUGAGAUAAAAUGCAUCAUUUCUGGAUUUGUAAUGGACGGGUUUUUGGGAUGGUGGACCUUGGCUAUAAAAAGUUUGGGUUUGCCAUUAGCAAUUGGCUCUGGAAUGAGCGUUGGGAAAGAGGGGCCAAGUGUACACUAUGCUGUGUGCGUUGGUAAUUCUAUUGGACGACUCGUACCAAAGUACAGGAAAUCCGCAUCAAAGGGAAGGGAAUUCUUGACUGCAACUGCCGCUGCAGGUGUAGCAGUUGCGUUUGGUUCCCCCAUGGGUGGGGUACUAUUUUCAGUGGAAGAAAUUUCUUCUGUGUUUCAAUUGUCGACCUUGUGGAAAUCAUACUUUUGUUCGCUCAUUGCGGUUACUACUUUGGCAGCUAUGAAUCCAUUCAGAACUGGACAAUUAGUGUUGUUUGAAGUUACGUAUGACACCAACUGGCAUUACUUUGAAAUUCCUAUUUAUAUCAUAUUGGGGAUUUUUGGUGGAGUCUACGGGAUUGUUGUUUCAAAGUUAAACACAAGGGUUGUAUCCUUUCGCAAGCGGUUCUUGGGAACAUGGGCUAUCCGAGAGGUUUUCAUUUUAACAUUAUUGACCGCAAGUUUUUCAUACUUUAAUCAAUUUCUUCGGUUGGACAUGACUGAAUCGAUGCAAAUUCUAUUUCAUGAAUGCGACGCUACUUUCCAAAACCCAAUCUGUCAUCCUGAAAAUGGUAGGGCCAAACUUUUGUUUUCAUUGAUGUUUGCUACCAUUGCAAGAAUGACACUAACAAUAAUUACAUACGGCUGCAAAGUACCUGCUGGGAUUUUCGUUCCUUCUAUGGCAGCAGGCGCAACGUUUGGAAGAGCAGUUGGGAUUAUUGUGGACUACGCUUAUAAGAAACAUCCCCAACUUGCUGUAUUUUCCGCUUGUAAUGAUGGUGACAAAUGCGUCAUACCAGGAACAUACGCUUUCUUGGGUGCAGCGGCGGGGUUGUGUGGAAUCACCGAUUUGACAGUUACAGUAGUGAUCAUCAUGUUUGAAUUGACAGGGGCCAUACGAUACAUUCUACCCACGAUGAUUGUUGUUGCUAUAACAAAAGGUAUUAAUGACAAAUGGGGAAAGGGCGGGAUAGCAGAUCAAAUGAUUAAAUUCAAUGGGUUGCCACUCAUCGAUUCAAAAGAGGAGUUCCAUUUCAAUACAGCUGUGACCUCAGCCAUGUCCACUGUGGUGGUGGCAUUUUCAGCCGAUUCAAGCGAUUCAUUGACUUUGGGACAACUAAGGCAAACGUUAAGCAAAACCAACUACCGAGGGUUUCCCAUCAUUCGUUCAGGUAAUAAUCCCAAAAUAGAGGGGUAUAUAUCGAGGUACGAGAUAGAAUAUGUUCUUGGUAAAAACGAGAGUGUCAACCCAGAGACCCUAUGCAACUUCAAUACAAAGGAGAGGGGUUCAACAGAAAAAAUUGAUUUCAGUUCCAUGAUAAAUCGUUCGCCACUAAGCAUUGAUUGUGAGACUCUUUUGAAGUUUGUUGCUGAUAUCUUUGUCAAACUCGGUCCUCGCUAUUUGUUAGUUGAGCAACUGGGAACAUUGAUUGGAAUAAUUACAAGGAAAGAUGUCCUACGGUAUGAGCACUCAAUUCAUCAAGAAGAAGCCGAUACUGGCUUUCAAGAAUGGCAGGAAGAGCUCGAAAAACGCAUAUGGGAUACCAUAAACACAAUGUAUUUGUCUAUUUGGAAUCUUUUCUGCCGAGUCGUAAGUAGAAACUCGUAUAGGUCUCAAUAA